AGAAAGCCAGGUGGCUCCAGGGUUCUGAGGUGGGUGCCAGGGCAGGGAGUGGUAGCUUGGGAGGGGACCGUGUCCAGGGAGAUGUCUACGGCCCUGUGACUCUUCUGGGGACAGGGACAAGGGAGCAUGGCCCUGGUGCACACGGCCUGUGGCAGGUCUGAGUCAAAACACCUAAGGCCGACCCUGGCCGGUCAUGUGGAGGGCUGCCCAGUCAUCGCCUUAUGCCGGCCUGGGUCACCCAGAAGGGCUGGGCGCGGCCCAGUCAGCUGUGACUCAGGUCCCAGCAGCCUAGCCACGCAGCACUGGGCAGGGGCACGGGGCACAGGGACGCCCCCUCCCCACCCCUGGCCCCCCGCUUCUCCCCUCGGCCAACCUGAAGACCCUGCCCCACCUGUGUCAGGUACGGUCUGGCCAGGAAUUUGGGGUUCUCUGCCCCUGUUGCCCCCAGCCCUUCAGCUGGGGGGUGGGGUGGAAGUGGGGGGAGCCUCAGCCACACGGCCCUUGACGGGAAGUCAAGUUGGGGGUGGGGUGAGGAGUCGUCUCCAGAGAAGAUUCAGCAGGAGAGGGAAGCAGAGGGGGCCCUGGCCCCGAAGACAACGGUAUCCCACUGAAGACCCGGCACAUACCCUGCAAGACGUUGGCGGGUCCUGUGCAGGCGCUGACCACGGCUCCAGUAUAUAAAUCAGGCAAAUUCCCCAUUUGAGCAUGAACCUCUGAAAACUGCCGGCAUCUAAGGUCUCCUCCAAGGCCCUCUGGAGUCCAGCGCAUAAUGAAGGUCUUGGCAGCAGGAGUCGUGCCCCUGCUGCUGGUUCUGCACUGGAAACACGGGGCGGGGAGCCCCCUUCCCAUCACCCCUGUCAACGCCACUUGUGUCACGCGCCACCCAUGUCACAGCAACCUCAUGAACCAGAUCAAGAACCAACUGGUGCAGCUCAACAGCAGUGCCAACGCCCUCUUCAUUCUCUAUUACACGGCCCAGGGGGAGCCAUUCCCCAACAACCUGGACAAGCUGUGCAGCCCCAACGUGACAGACUUCCCGCCUUUCCACGCCAAUGGCACGGAGAAGGCCCGGCUGGUGGAGCUGUACCGCAUCAUUGCGUACCUUGGUGCUUCCCUGGGCAACAUCACACGGGACCAGAAGAUCCUCAAUCCCAACGCCCUCAGCCUCCACAGCAAGCUCAACGCCACCGCGGACAUCAUGCGGGGCCUUCUCAGCAACGUGCUGUGCCGCCUGUGCAGCAAGUACCACGUGGGCCAUGUGGAGGUGGCCUAUGGCCCUGACACCUCUGGCAAGGACGUCUUCCAGAAGAAGAAGCUGGGCUGUCAGCUCCUAGGGAAGUAUAAGCAAGUCAUCGCUGUGCUGGCGCAGGCCUUCUAGACGGGAGGUCUUGAAGCGUGCAGUGAUCCGAGAUCUCAGACUUGGGUGGCUCUCAAACUGUGGCGGGGCCCAAAGCACCGACAAACCCACAUGCGGGCUGCUGGCAGACCCUGAGGGGUUCCUGGCCAGUCCACUCUCGUCCAGGGUGGACUGCGAUGAAACCGAGCAGAGUUCAAACUCCCAUAGGCAGGGCCUAUAUACAGCGCCAACUAGAGGAAGGCGCCCCUUCUCCUUCUCCUGGGAGACUGCAGCCAGGCACUGGGGUGUCAGGCUGGCGAGGGGAGUGGGGGCUGGACUUCUGCCCCCACUUGUCCCCUCAGCUGGGCUUUGUGAGCAAACUGAACAAAUUGUCUGGGAUGACCCUGACCACAAGGCAAGACAGCAAGGGUUGGGGGAAUUAGCCGGCCCCCAGCCGACUGAUGCUCCUCAUUGCCUUUGCUGCCCCUUAGGCAGACUUCAGAAAGUUUGGUUGGGACUUGGGCAGGCCAGAGGGGCUGGGAUCCCAAAGGACUCCUUGGUCCCUGUAAGUGUAGUGAGUAGAAGGUAGAGAAGGGAGCUCUGGUUUGAGAUGCUGUCUUCUCUGGAGCGUGACUGGAGAUCUCAGGCUUACAGACUGUUAGGCAGAAGGUUCCAGAAGGAGGUCACUGGGGUUCAGGCUCCUGGGAAAGCAGAGAAGCCACCUUCAUGCCUGGGAAGGAAGACACCGGAAGAGAGUCCCUGAAAACCUGGGCUCUCCUUCUCCUUCCCUGCAGCUUUUCCUGCAGUCCAAGGUGGCCAGGAGUGGUGGCUGGACCUGGAAGAGGGUUAUGUGGAGGUGGGCAGGUGGCAAAGUCAGGUGAGGAGGUUCUGAGGGAACCCAGAGUCUUCCUUCUGGGCGAGGGUCUGUAAGGGAGGGGAUGGACCAGGUAGUUCAGAGUGGCAGCUCACAUCUGAGGCCCAAGGAGGCCCUGUGAGGUCACACAAAGGUACUUGAGGGGACAGAGGCCAUCUCUGGUCCCCAGAGCAAGGGGACAGCAGAACUUGAGGUCAGGGUCUCAGGGAAGCCUGAGAUCCAAGAGUGCUGUGUCUGACCCAGCACAAUCGUCUAUUUAUUAUGAUGCCCUAUUUAUAUUAACUUAUUGGUGCUUUAAAUGGCAAAGUUAAUUCCUUGUUCCCUACCCAACAGAAAUAAUAUGAUGGCUACUUCAACAGGAGCCAGCGCCAGGCCUUAGCAGAGCUUGGUCUGGAAGUCAAAGAUGUUACAAGUAGGAUAAACGCAGAGAAGGGCCAGGAUCAGAGAGAUCUGUUCAGCCUGAGGGGAAGGGGGUGCGGGGGACACAGCUCCAUCUUUCCACCCCAACUGUGACUUGCUUGGGAAUGCCAGGAUCCUGGCUGCAAGGCAGGAUGGGCCAAUUUGUGCAGUGGCCGUAGGACGGGGGUGGCCUUUUCCUAGGGCUGCUGUGUUGCUUGGCUCCAGGGGGAUCAUUCAACACUGUGUUCUCUGGUGCCCCCGGAAUUGUGCUUCAAGGGACAGUGGGCAAGGCAACCCUGGUGGCCCGCCCUGCUAUUGUUUCCUUGUUCUCGUGCUGCCUGCCUCUAGACUAGCAGUCAGGGGCCCUGGAACAUCCUAACCCAGCACCCAGCAUGCUCGCACACAGCGGGGAAGCUCCUUCUCUGAUGGCCGAACACCCACAGAGGGCGAGGGGGCCUGGCUGGACCUCAGGAAGCCGGGGCAGUGAGGGAGGAGCCCCCUGCUUUGGAGAGGAAGACAGGGAGGCCCUGGGACCUGGACCAGGAAGCUGUGGUCCCUCCUGCCCCACCUCCCCCCAUGCCCCCACCCAUGUCUGGGCUCCCAGGCAGGGAACCUGAUCUUUUCCUUUGUGCUGGGGCCAGGCUAGUGGAGAAACGCCCUCCAGUCUGGGAGCUGGGGAGGAGGGCGGAGCUGGGGCAGCUGCUAGGAGCAGCGCUCUGGCUUCUUCUCAAACCCUGAGUGGGCUGUGGUCCGAGCAGUUCAGCCAAUACGAUUAUGGUACUUUGCACUCACUUUGCACCUCUCUCUGUCUUCUCUAAGCACUUUACCCACACCCACUCCAUGGCAGGUGAGCAGGCAGCAGGCAGGCCCUGAGGCCUGGGGUGGGGGUGGGGGGUGGAGUUGGGAGCUGUCGGUCUCAUUGGCAAGACUAAGAUGUGGGGUGGGGGUUGGGGGCGUGGAGGAGACCAUGGCAGUUACAUGUUUUCCGAUGUUGUCUUAAUGUGGGUCCAGAUCUCAGCCUGCUGCUCCCCCCACCCCCUGCACCUCUCCCUCGGCCUCCCCCACCCCCUAUUGCUCUGUUCCUUCAGUGAACCUGGCUCAGAAGGCUUGAGGUUGGCUGGGUUUCCCAUCAUCUCUUCACCCUGUGCUCUGUGCUGAGCACCGCCUGGGCAGCCUCUGAGCCUAGGAAACCCAGAAAGUCUCCUCCCCUGGGACCCAUAUAGUCCCUGGCUCCCUGAGUUCCCACCACCCACUCCUCAGCCCAUCUCCCUCUGCCCCUCAGCACCUAUGCUCGUUCUAGAACCAGUCUGGCUGAUUGGCACCCACUUUGCCCAGCAUCCCUGAAGUAUGGAUUCUAUGUGUGGAAAAAGCUUUGCAGGGCAGGAAGCUGUCCUUUCCCUCAUUUUUUUUAUUGCUGAUGUUGACCCUUCCCGGCAUCCUGGGUCAUGGGCUGGGGACCCAAGGAGGAGGAAGACGCCGUCAGUGGAGGAGGGGGUAGGACAGUCAUUUUGCAGUUUAUUGAGAGAGGAGUAUUGGGGACCUUAUUUAUUGCAAAUGUUUUCAAACCUAAAAGCACCGCUAGUUUAUUUGUCGCUCCCUGUUGUGGUUCUCCUCCUCCUUCUGGUCCCCUCUCUGGGGACGUCCCCCUGACAGAAGCAGCCAGCUCUGCCUGGCUGGCUCUCUAGAAUAGACACGGCGUGUGGGGGUGGAGCCCUCAAUCCAAUGAGAAGUUCAUUUCCCUUCAGAUGGUACAGACGUUCUUACCUUCGGAUCGCCCCCGGUUCCCCCCAAAUCCUGGUGCCUGGGUGUCUCUCUCACCCACAUUACUAGUUCCAUGCUCUGUAUUUCCCUCCUUCCUUUCUACUGGAAAGGACUUGGCCUUGGGGGACAAAUUCCUCUUUGAUGAAUGUACCCUGUGGGAAUGUUUCAUACUGACAGAUUAUUUUUAUUUAUUCAAUGUCAUAUUUAAAAUAUUUAUUUUUUUAUAC